AUGGAAUUUCUUAAAAUAAAUGAUCUGUCUAAUUAUUUCUGCAAUUUAAAUUCAAGUUAUAUUUUAGUCUAUUAUGUUAAAAACUUUAUUGUUUAUGAUAGUCCUAUAACAAUAAUUUAAAAUAAGUAUUCACUUGAAAAUCCUUUAUUGUUAGUGUAAAAUAUAUCAUUUGGAACUUUUUAUGUUUCAAAAGAUAUCAAUUUAUUCUAUUUUUCGCUUAUGUUUUAAUAAGGUUUACCUUAUUCAAUAGAAAAUGCCUUAUUUAAUGAGAGUUCAUUACAAUCCAUUAGAAGCAAACUUGUUCUUGAAAAAUAGAUGGGAAUGUAAUGGGGACAGUAAAUAUUUAUCUGUAAAAUAUCAUAUCAUUUCAAUUAUACAACUAUUAUAUAAAUUGCCAAUUAAACAUUCACAAUUAAUGACACUAACUAAAUAAUUUAAUUCAAAACUGAGUUUAAUCCUUAGAAUUCAAAAAUAUUUUUUAGUACAUAAGUGAAUCAAUUUUUAAUUAUCCAAAAUAAAACUAUACGAGCAUUCUCAUUUGAUAAAAAAGUGAAUCUUGUGUGGAUUAUGAAAAUACAUAAUAAUAUUACUAAUAUAUUUCGAUAUCAAAACAUUUUACUUAUUUAAUUAGGAGAUUGCAUUGAUAUUGAAAUUGAUUUAAACUCAUUAACACGUAAAUAAAUUAAUAAUUCUCUUUAAUUCAAUUGUACUUAUUAUUUAAAUUCCUAUUUUUAAAUUAAAAUUUAUAGAUAAGAAAUUAAUUUAUAUAGUAUGUUUUCUUAUCACCUCAGAAUUAUCUGUAAUGAAAUAGUUGAAUUUGUACCAGUAGUAAUUUAUAAACGAUUAAUAAUUUUUGAGUUAAUUGAUAAUAAAAUUUAGAUUAAACUUUACAUAACUAGGUUCGGUUAAUUUAAUUUUUUAUUUUAUUUACCUUUAUAUGAAUUUCAAAUUUUGUAUCCUUUGGAGUAUAGGAUAGAGAAAUCCCAAAUUGCAAUUGUUGCAUCAAAUUAGAUGGAUUAAGAAUUUGUGUUGGUUUAUGACAUAAAAAAUCAAGUUGCAAAUUGUUUAGUCAAAGUCAUAAGAAUUGAUAACAAGAAUUAUUAUUUUAACUUCUUAUCCGAAUUUCAAAUUUUUGUUGUAUUUUAAUAAUAAUUGAUAAUUUUGUUUCUAUCCUGCCUUGAAUUAUAAUUUUCGAACUAACAUUUAACAUUUGAUAAUCUUAUUAGUUAAGAGGAUUUAUUGUUAUAAAUCAUCUCUGAUAUAUAUAAUUAAUCCUUAUAAAUUUAAUUAAAGGUCAUUUCAAUUAAUAUGAACUACAAAAUCUAAAUCAAAGAUGUGAUGAUUCCAUUUCAAUAUUAAAUUAAUUAAUAAUUAUAAAUAAAGUCUUUCAAUUUAUUAAAUAUAUAUGGCAACAUAGAUUUUAUGAUAAAAAUUAGUGAAAAUAAUACUCAAAGAUUAGAACCAAUGUAAAUCAACUACGCUUUUAGUUGCAGUAGAUUUUUUUUAAAUUCAACUUGCAUAAUUAAAAAUAAUAUAAUAUUUAAUACUUUUGAUAAUUCAAUUUAAAUGGAAAUACCAGAAUCUUGUGUUAAUUUAUUAUUUGUUUAAGAUAAAAAGGAUUAUUUUUCAUUUUACUGCUGGUUUGAUUAAACAUCUUUUGAAAGAUUGGAUGUAAAUAUAUAUGGUGUUAUUUUGAAAGAAAAGACUCUAAAAAUAUCAGAUUUUAAUAUUAAUCUAUACAUGAUUAAUUAAACUUAAUUUUUAUAAAAUGUUAUUAUUACUUAUUCUCAUAAUAUUAGUAAUUAAAUGUAAAUUUGGUUUGUCAAAGAGGAUUCUGUUAAUUUAUAUUUUCACAAAAGCAAUUCUAGAUUUAACACUGCCACUGUUAUUUACUUAAAUAAUCAUUAUAUAAUAUUUUAUACUUUUUUAGAAGAAAACAAAAACAUUAUUUUAUGUGCAAUUUUAAUGGAUGAUUUACUCAAUAUCUAAAAUUAGAUUUAAAUCGAAUUGACAGAAAUUAUUAAAGAUUAUAACUUUGUUAUCUUUUAAUAAUUAAUAGAGCUCAAAUUUAUAGAAUAUAAUCUAAAUGGAAUGAUUUUGAAUGCCGAUUCAAUUUUUUGCUUUGCAAUUUUAAGUUGUAUUAGAUUAAAUCUGGAUGUAGACUUUUAAUUAAAAAUAAUCAAAAGUUAAAUUAAUAAUUAUAUAAGAUUUCCUGAAAAUGCUCUAUGUUAUUUUAAUUGUUUUUAAGGUAAUUAAUAAAAUAUAAUUUUAACUUUAAUUAAGGAUAAUAAUAGAGUUUCAUAUUUUUAUAAUUUAACUUAGAAAAUACUUAUAGACAGUUAUUAUUAAUAUUCUGUUCAGAAUGUCUACUUUUAAUAAUAUAAUAAGUCUCAUUAUAUAUUAAUUAAUAAAAAAAAUAAUACUUAUGAGGUGAAUUUAUUGUAUCUAAGUGGAUAUCAAAUAUAAUGUUAAGAUUAAUGUUAAACAAAUGUUGAAAUAAUUUAAAUAUAUAAUUAAAUAUCUAAUUUAUAUUUAGAGUUUCAUUCAAAUUAAGAUUAAAAUUUAUUAAUGAACAACUCAAAAAAUUACAUAUAGAUCAUCAUAUGUCUAAAUAAUUUUAUAUUUUUACUCUCAUUUCUAAUAUAUCGCAAAAAACGACGUAAUCAAUUGAAAUGA